GAGAGAAACAAUCAGAAACAGCUAUAGCCACAACACCAUGGUUUAAGUUUAUGGUUAGAUAUAUGAUGUUGUUUGUGUGUGUGUUGUAGAUGAGUUGAAAUUGACCCCUGGCAUGCAGUGAUAAGGUUUCAGCAAAUUGGUUGUAAUUACUGUUGGUCUAGUCAAGAUAAUCUAGUCAGGGACAAGAAUGAACAGAAGAGGAAGUAAGGAGGAUGAUUCAGGCUCAGACUGGGACAGUAUGUCAGAAAUUGCUCCACCGCCUGCUGCAAAACAGAAACACAGUUCUUCUGCCUCACCCCCAAAAAAUGUACCAGCAACAAUUCAAGCGAAAGACAGAUUUGUGCCACACAUCGACUCUCCAUUGGACAUACAGGCAACAAAGGAUAACCCUCCAUAUGACUUCAAGACAGAAGUCAAGAGUCCUCUCCAUGUCUCAGAACAAUUGCCUAAACCAGGGAAGCAGAGGAAGGGUAGAACCUAUGAUCCUACAUCAGGGGUUCAGAAACAUGUCACCUUUGCUGGAGAUCAGCCUGCCAGGCAUGGACAGAGAAUUGGAGGUGGAGGUCCUCCAAAUCCAGACAGUGACUCGGAAGACCCUCUCUAUUCAACUGUGAAACCCAAGAACCGAGUUAAGGGGAACAAUCAGCAAAUGGUAAAUUCUGAAACAGAGAAAAAUGAAAUGGUAAACAAAUUAAAAAAAGCAGGGAAAAAUGCUUCAAAAUGUUCAUUGGAAGGCAUUGACAAUCAUGGAUUUGUAGAAGAUAAAGUUUUAUCUUCAGAGUCACCCACUUUGUUCAGUGACCCUCCACAAGGCACCCAGACCAGCAUUCCACAGAUCUCUCUCAAAGCACCAUUACCCAAAUUAUCUGAAAAUGCACAUGGACUUGAAAUGGCACGACAGGGUCAUGACUCCUUCUUAAUGGGAAACAAUGUAUCUGUAGCCAAAGAAUGUCCUCCACCACUGAUACUGACAUCUGGGGAAGCUCUUCUGGAGUCUGCUGGGAAGAGGCCAGUGGAGGCAGUGAACAGGGCCUUGGGAGAAAGUUUUGCCGUCAUCACCCUGCCUUUGACUUGUGUUAUCUUAUUUCUUCACCACCUUUUAAGAUUUGUUCUUCAAGGUUUGGUUCGACCAGUUUUUGUGGACUCCUUGAGAUUAAUCAUUGAAUACCUUGUCCAGCCCUUCAUAACAGGGGUACUGAAGCCCCUCUUGGUCACUGUGCAUGCUGCAUCAUUGCACCUUAGUGAUACCAUGUUAGUGUGCAUACGGCCCUUGACUAAUGUGUUACAGUCAAUAAGGUUAGUGGAGGUUCAUUAUACAAGCAGGUACUCAGUAGAGGAGAUCUAGUCUUGUUUUAGUCAUAUACAUUAAUUUAUGUCUACAUUUUUUAUUUUGAUUUUUUAACACUGCAGGAGAAAUCAAAUGUCUGAGUAGAAUAGGAGUUAUAAUAUGAUAUAGGUGUGAUGGAAGUCAUGAAACACAUUGAGGCUAUUUUUUAUGCUUUGGUAGAAAUUUGAGGUUUCUUUUAUCAGAAUGAUGGACUUCAUAAAUAAGCUGAAAUUUAUGAGAUUGGAGCAAUGAAGAAAUGUAUAACAUUAUGACAUGAUCAUUGAUGGAUUACAAUAGACAGGUUGAUAUUAUUAACCACAUUAUGUUCCUCAUUCCAUUAGUCAUUGAAGGUGAAUGGUUUCUAUUGGGAAUAUACUCCUUCACAUUGUUCAACUAGUCAUUCCGUCCAAGAAUUCCGUCCAUGGUAGCAGUUAUGUUUAAGAAGUGCCUGUUUUAGUCUUUUGUAUAUAUUUAUCUUUUUUUCAGUCACUUGCUGGGUUUUUUUUCACAUUCUGUAUGUUUUUCGUGUAGUGUACUGAGAAUCUCAGGAAAAGAAAUCCAAUGCAAAUACCAUAUGUGUUGAAAUCUGUGUCCAGGAGAUUUUAAAAAUUCCCUUUGUCUGAUGACUUGCCGUCUCAUUUUGCACGCCAAUCUUUUAUCUUUAACUUGCGUUGAUAAAAGUGUCAGUUUAGAUUAUUGUUUGCCUGUUUGUGGUCUUGUUACUGCAACAAAGGUAUAUAGAUUGAGUAUUUUAAUCAAUUUACAUGUUUUCCAAUAUUAUGUCAGGUGUUAGUGAAGAUGUUUGGAAUUUUGAUAGUUAAUAUAUGGCAACCUUAUGCUGUUACACCUCAGGCAUAACACAGCUGGCCACACUUCCACAGCAGGUUUCCCAUAUUUUCACAGGAUUUUUUUUAUUUAUGUCAGUAAUAAUUUUAACUUCCCCACUUUUUCCUUACACCUUUUCUUUACAUAAUGUUAUCUUUUCACACCAAGAUUGGGACUUCCUCUCCUGAUGCACCUUGCUAUUCUUUUUACAUGGCAAUGUUUGUGUUCUUUGUGGGUAUUAUGAUUUAUGUCCACUCCAUCACAGAGUUGCUUCUUACUCACUUUACUGUUUAUUUCAUACAUAUGCUCUUCCAUUCCAUUUAUAUUUACUAUUGUGCUUUACCAUUCUUCUGAGAUGUCUCUAAUACUCUAACUUCUUGAUGAUAUUACUUAAUUUUCAACUCAAAGAUGUUUGUUUUGCAGGCAUUAUUCUUUAUGUUUUAUCUCCAUUUCUCAUAUUUAUUAAGGUUAAAAUAUUUAUAUUCUCUUACAUCUUAUUUUUUCUCUAAUAUAUCCUUAUCAUGGCACUUUAUAUUAAUCUGAAGUGUAAUCUUUUCAAAGAUACAGCAUUUUAGAUGUUGUUCCCAGUAGAUAGUGUAGUUCAUAUGUAGGCAUGGAAAAUAAUUAUCAGGUGAGUGACCAACUCAGGCUCACUUUCUAUACAUGGAGAAAAUUUUUUUUUUUUUUUUUUAUGCAAGAAAGAAUACUGGCCAAGGGCAACAAAAACCUGUGAUAAAAAAAAGCCCACUGGGAUGCCGGUUCCCAAACAAGUUAAAUAGAUAGUACUUAGAAGGGGACUCCAAGGAUACUGAAGGAGCCAUCUUUUUAUAUUUUUAUUUUAUUUAUUUAUUUAUUUAUUUAUUUAUUUAUUAUUUAUUUAUCUAUCUAUUUAUUUUUUUUUCUGCAUGAAGAAUGUAUGUGUAGUUAGAUGCAUGUAGUUUUGUAUGAAGAAAGAGAGUUGUCUUUUGAGGGCAGCUGUGACUGCCCCCUUGUGUUGUGAGACACAAAGGGAAAUUUUCAGUUUCCCUUUUUAAUGAUUAACAAAACCUUAAAAAAUUGCUGCUGUUUUGCUUUAUCUUUUUGUUUGAUCUUUAUGAGUCCAUAUGGUGUUUAGCUACUUAUAACUGAGCCAUUUCAUCUUCAGUGUCUAUUUGAAAUAUUUAACAGACAGCAAAUGACAUGGCCAGUGUUAGUACAUUCAACAGUAGUUUCUGUACAAACAUAAUGAUUCAUGGGUAUUUUUCAUGUGAAAUUUUAGGUAAUCUAAUGAAGAACAUUUAGAAAUGGUAAUUUGCUUUAUGUUUAUUUGUUUUGAGAAUCUUUGUAAUUUGUUUUCUCAUUUGAUAAUGUAUCCUAGGAUGAUUAUUUAUGAUGAUUGCUAGAAGUGUGUAUGUUUUGUUACAUUAAUGAUAUUUGAAUAUAGUAUCUAAAACAGAGAAUUAAUCUUAGUACAAAGCUUACUUAUUUUUUUCAUGGAUUUUGUGAAUUAUUGUGAUGUGAUCUUGUUAUUUAAAGUUCCUUGUUUGUGUUUAUGAAAUAUAAAUGAUUUGAGGUGGUCAAGUUGUAGUUCAAACUUUAAACUUAAUCUCAUGAAAAGGUUACAGUUGUCUCCCAGACAAAACUCCAUGUCAUUCAUAAGUCUAGUCAUUCAUAUCUCAUAAGUUUCUAACUAUCUGUUAAGUAAUAAUGGACAAGCUCUUUGAUAUCUAGAAGGAAACCAAAGAAAAACUUUUAUUUUGGUAAAUGGAAAUAUCUAAGGAAUGACUACAUCAUUGGGUAAUGAUAAACAACCAUUAAGUUUUAAGUUAAUUAUCUUGUCAUUAGCAUUUAAUUAAGUUUAAUGUGAAGUGUGGUCAAUCCUUGCAAUAUCUUAAGGUUUACUUUGUGUAGUAAAUUAUAUUUUCCAAAAAAAUAAUAUAUUUUUAGCCGCAGUAGUGUUAGUGUCACAUUUGGAGUUCAUUGUGUUUCACAUUCAUUUUUCAUGUAUGAAUAUUUUGAAUAAAUUGAGUCAAUUUCUUGUUAUUUUCAGUCACAGAACACCAGAAAAAAUGUAAAAUGAUAUUUUGGUUUACUGUUAUCACCAUUCAUUUAUUAUUAUUAUUAUUAUUAUUAUUAUUAUGAUUAUGAUUAUUGAUUAUUUUUUUCAUGAAUAGAGUGCAUUUGUGAGUGUGUAAGGAAUGGCAUGGAUCUCCGAGGGAGGCCCCAACAUCAGUGAUCUCACACAGAUGUGGAACAAUCAGGUGUGAUGGUAAGAGAGAUUACUUUUAUGAAGGGGUCUUUUUCAAAACCAAACUGUCCAUGCUGUGCAACAGAUCUCUGUAAAAUGAGGAGUUGGGGCCAAACAGGCUACAGAAUAGGUGUGAAUGAGCAUUAAUAACUUGGCUAUCCCUCUUGUUUUGAGGUAACAACAUAUAUGUAUUCUUAUUAGUGGUUUAGAGAGCAUUUUCAGCUAGGUUAAAUGUACUUAAAUGAGUGGCUUGCACCUCAUCCCUUAUGUCUUUUUUUUUUUUAGAGAGCCUUAUGGUGCUGUGCCCUCCACAAUUAAACACCAUUUGAAUUCACUCACUUGAGUGAAUGAUGCAUCCAUAUUAAAUUAUACAGAACAGAUAUAUUGCAAAGUAGCUUGCUAGAGUGAGAAGUAUCUGUGUUAGAGCUGGAUGGGGAGGUGAUACUGUAUUAAUGCACUACUGUGGGAUGUUGAAGUAGUUAAAUUAUUCUGCCACAGAUAGCUGAGGGUAAAACUAUGAGAAUAAGCAAAAUGUGUUCCAUGUCACAUCACCAAAUUGACUUUCACAUUAUUGUGUCUUAAGAAGACACAUUGUAACAAUAUUUUUUGUGUGAGUAAGUCAUUAGCAUCCAUGUGGCUAUUCUAUUCACAUACCAUGGAUUCAUAUUCAUAAUCAUUCAUUUUCUUUCAUCUCCUUGUGGUGUACUAGUGUUAGGUCUUCAUGCCAAUACCUUAAGCUGUACUCAAGUCUAGAUCACAGCCAUCCUUGAAGCCUUAAUACUUACAGAAUGAGUAAGCAAAUCAAUAAGUAUGAGAUCUUAUAAACCUCUUGUUAUUAUUACAAUUGCAUAAGAAUUGUGUUGCUCUCAUAUCCAUAUUUGAGUGAAUACUAGAAAGU